AUGAUGUCGACCGCUAGUAAAGACCGCCGCAAGUCCGACAAGAGCUCCAUCAUCACUCUGACGGUUCCUGGAAACAAGCUGCGCGCCAUCUUUGGCGACAAGAUGCUCGUGGACAGCGCGUCAGGCACGGCUACCGCCACACUAUCCGGUGUCAAGGAAGAGGACUCAUUCUCCGCCAAAGACUCGCCUGCCCCGUCUGGCAGCGCUUUGAUCAUAAACGACAACGCGUCAGAGUCCAUGCCGAACACUCCCGGCGGCUCCUUUGGCCCCGACGGCCUGCUGGAGGGAACGCCUGGACCCUCUGCCGCCAUGGCUCCGCCUGCAGGUGCCGACGGAACUGUCACCAAGAAGAAGGGCGUCAAGCGGUCUGCUGCUGCUGCGGGCGUUGACGCCAAUGGCGACCCAGGCAGCGCAAAUGGCGACGUCGCAACGCCCAAGGCACGCAGCAAGCCAGGCCCCAAGAAGAAGCAGAAGAUGGACGACAGCCUGCUUGACCCCGUCCGCGGCGGUGCUGGUGGCACGCACAAGCUCGGACCCAAGGCCAGCAUGGGUGCUAUCAAUGCCGGCCUCCGCGCACUCGACCGCUCAGGCAAGCCGUGCCGCAAGUGGAGCAAGGGCGGCUUCCAGCUCAAGACCUUUACGGGUGUCGUCUGGGAGAUCCCGCGCUGGACAGCACCAUUGAGAUCGACUGGCGACGAUUCGUCUGCAGACGUCUCUACCACGGCUACGGCGUCAGCCGAAGGCAGCAACAAAGAGAAUGCCAACGACAGCAGCAGCAGUGCCAAGGAGAACAAGGCGGGCACCCAGCAUGGGAUUAACGGCAAAGCAGCAAACGGCAUGAACGGGGCCACAGAUGCCACAGAUGCCACAGAUACAACCGACACCGGCUCCAAGGCGGAUGCUGCUGACGGCGACAUUGAGAUGCAGAGCGUUCCCAGCGCGCGGCCGAGCCCACCGCCAGUGGCACAGGCAACAAUUGCAGCCGUGGCUGUAGCGGUGGCAUGA